UUUUUAGGACUUAACAAAAUUUCAGAAAUGUGAUGUUUCUAAAGUUCUUCCAGUUUAGCUGGCCUGGCCAGUUCAGGCACUCUCUACAGGGAUGGGUCAUGGAGUUCUACUCAAGAUCACAAAAGAUAAGGAACUGACUUUUUCACAAGUUUUCCUGAAGGUUCCAGUGAGAUGUUGUCUGCACUGCCUGUCACCAUGGACUCCAUCCUUUAACCAGGUAUAGGUCGUUGAGUCUACAUUUGGAGGCAGCUACCUUCAAGUCGGGGUCUCAAGACUCCAAGUCCACAAGCAUGGUUUUCAGCUGCCAGCUUUUACAGGCUGGAUGUCACUUGUCAGAGUGAACCGUUAUGUUCCUCGGGGAGGAGGAAGGAGAGUGCUGAAAGUAAAGAAGACGAAAACGCCAGUGAAGCAAGAAUGGGAUAAUACUGUGAAUGAUCUAACAGUUCAUCGGGCGACUCCUGAGGAUCUGAUCCGUCGUCAUGAAAUACACAAAUCAAAGAACAGAGCAUUAGUACACUGGGAACUGCAAGAAAAAGCUUUGAAGAGAAAAUGGAAGAAGCAGAAGCCAGAAAUUUCUCAUCUUGAGAGAAGGAAAUUGUCUAUUAUGAAGGAGAUUCUUUCUGAUCAAUACCAGCUGCAGGAUGUUUUGGAAAAAUCAGAUCAUUUGAUAGCUGAAGCAAAAGAUCUGUUUGCUGAUUUUCCUCGUAGACGCACAGGGUUUCCGAAUGUAACAGUGGCUCCUGAUUCCUCUCAGAGUCCCAUCGUGGUAAAUAAAGACCCUGUCACCCAGGCCAUUCUUAGCGAAUCUGUCAUAGAGUCUCAGGCUCUUAAUGAAGUAGUUGAUGAUGAAGAAGGAACUGUUAACAGCCAGUCUGGAGAAAGUGAGAAUGAGCUGGAUAACUCUCUCAACUCUCCAUCAAAUAUGAAUGUAGAAAGGUUCCUCCACCAACUAAAGGAAGAUAAUUCUGAGUUAAUUCAAAAGCUGUGGAUGGAUAUUCAGCAGAAAAUAACAACACAGUCACAAGUAAUAACCCCUCCAGAAACUCCAUCAUCUGCUCCUCCAUCAGGGGAACAAAAAGCUGCUCUGAAUGCUACCAAAGCUGUCAAGAGAAUCCACACGAGGCUUCAAUCUGAAGAAUCUACGGAGACUCUAGACUCAAGCUAUGUUGUGGGACAAGUACUGAACUCAAGGAAGCAAAAACAGUUGUUAAAUAAAGCGAAAGGAAAACUGGAUUCUCAUGCUCCUUCCAAGCAGAAGCAGAACAUGCUAACAGCUAGCACGGCCUCCACAGACUUACCUAGUAGCAGUAAUUCCAGCCUGGAUGUCCUCAAACACAUGAUAGAUGAAGUGGAACAUGAAAUGGAAGAAUAUGAACGGUGUACAGGACGUGAGGUCAAGGGCCUGCAGAGUAGCCAGGGGCUUACGGGCUUCACGCUGUCGCUGGUGGGCUCCCUCUGCCGCCUGGUUCGCUACCUUAAAGAGAGUGAGCUCCAGCUGCGUAAAGAAGUAGAGACAAGGCAGCAACUGGAACAGAUGCUGGGUGAUCACCGAGAGCUCAUUGAUGCUCUUACAGCUGAAAUUCUUCUUCUCAGAGAAGAAAAUACUGCGACCCAGGCGAGGCUUCAGCAGUACAUGGUCACAACAGAUGAGCAACUGAUAUCGCUCACACAUGCCAUGAAGAGCUGUCCUGUGAUAAAGAGCAACGAAGAAAGUCAGGCAUCAGGAAGGGGAUCCAUGAACAGGCACAUUAUAGACAGUCCAGAGGGCCCUGCUGUAAAUGCUGAUGUACCCGUGCCAUUGUUGUUCCGAGGGGAGGAAGUGACUGCAUUCGCACAGGAAGACCUGCCUGUUAAACUGUCUCAGGUGCCAGCCCCCGCGGACAGUGCGAAUCUGGCCAGCGGUUUUCUGGCACAUGUAUUUGAGCCAGCUGUGUUAUUAACACCACCCAGGCAGAAGAGCAGCUCCGAAUUCUCUCCCUUGCAGGACGUGCUGAGGAGGACUGUUCAAACGCGUCCUGCUCCUCGGAUUCCUCCAACUGUGGAAAUAAUUGAGAAGGAACAAAAUUGGGAAAAGAAGACCUUAUGUACUGGCACAGACAGUCAGAAUCCAAAUGAAGAAAGUCACCUCUUCACUCAGAGGUGGAGGGUCUCUCACAUGGGAGAAGGUCUGGAGACCAAAGCCCAGGCUCCUUUUGUUAACCUCUCACAGCCCUUCUGUAGUUCCCAUUCACACACUCAGCAGGCCAGAAACCCCGAGUUCUCCCCCGAGGAGCCCCCUGUACUGGGAGACGGGCUGCAGCUUAGAACAAAUGAGGCGCUGAUACAAAGAAAGGACGUCAUGGCACGGAUUGCUGAGUUGACACUGCAGAACUCAGCUCUCAAAGCACAUCUGAAUAAUGCUGUUGGGCCAGGAGGAGAGCAAGGGGGUGGACCUCAAGAAUUAAACAGACAAGAGACCAGUCACGCGAGCGACGUGGCUGCAACUUUUCCAACAACACAGCCUUUAACACCAAGCAGCAUGGAGGAACGGAUUGCAGAAUUGAAUCGGCAGAGUAUGGAGGCUCGUGGAAAACUCUUGGAGUUAAUAGAGCAGCAGAAACUUAUUGGUUUGAAUCUUUCCUCUCCACCAGUAUCACCUGUUCCGUCACCUCUCAGAGCAUGGACUGAAGGAGGAAAGAGGACAAUUGAAGUAUCUAUUCCAGGAGCAGAAGCCCCAGAAAGCUCAAAAUGCAGUACUGUCUCUCCUACCAAUGGGAUAAACUCAAGAAGGUCUUCAGGGGCUACUAGUAAUUCUUGUUCUCCAUUAAACGCCACCUCAGGAAGUGGGCGAUUCACACCUGUUAAUCCAAGAGCAAAGAUUGAGAAGCAAAAUGAAGAAGGCUGGUUUGCUCUUUCCACCCACGUGUCAUAAGUGAACUUCGCUGUAGAUUUGUUCUCGGUAGCAUAUUCUUGAACUUCCACUCCUGUCUCCCUGCUCCUGCUUCCAAGUUGUCAUGUCCUUUUAGAUAAAAACUUCAAAGAACUUGUGACUUAGUACUUAUGGAACAAAGAAUAAAGCAAGUAUUUCAAUUUUGGACCCUUUCAAAUAAAUUUCCAACAACUAACUAAUAAUGUACAACCUCCUUUGGAUAAAAUUUUGACUCUAGGGAGGUUGAAGUUUUAUAUUCUGAUAAUUUCAUAAGUAUUGUAAGGUUUUUUGUGAGUAACACAUUUUUACCUUUAUCAUCUUUAUUCAGUAGUUUUUUUUUCUUUUUGUCGGAAUGUAUCUUAAAUGAUGUAUUUCUUUUAUUUACUUAUUGCUUUUCUGAAGAACUAAGUUGCUUUGUGUGUAGCUUAAAAUAAAAUGGCCCUGGGUGAUUAAAGUCUGGCUUUCAGAAAAAUUUAA